AUGGAAGCAGAUCAAGAAGGAGUGGACGAUAUGGUUGAGCUGGCGGAAAUUUCAGAAAAAGCCAUUGCUGCCAACUUGUAUGUUCGACUCAAGAAAGAAACAAUUUAUGUAAGUGCCGUGACCUUAUUUAACGCCUAGCAAGUCGUGAUUUAACGUCAAUGAAUGUGAUUAAGACAUUAUGUAGCCAUUAUGAUAGCCGAUCUGUCGCUUAAUUUUCUGAUCUUGCUUACUCUGCACUCAGCCAUGAAUUUAGUUCACUAGGUAGUUGAAGGAAGCCUAUUAAUAUAAGCUUCAAGCUUCGUUAGGCUUCCUUGUCACAUUAAUUUUAUAAUUUAAUUAACACCUUUUGUUCAUGUUGUAUAAGGUUUUGUGAGUGACUAAAUAAAUAAAUAAAUAAAUAAAUAAAAUAUUAGAAACUGUUAAUAUGAAUGGAGAAAGAUACUACACCAGGAACAUCCUACAAGGCAGAUCAUCCUAGCGCCACAUGUUUUCUGUAUUCAAGAUACAUGCAAAAAGUUGUACUUGUCCCUAGCGCUAAGAUCUUUCUAGCUGAGAGGUAGGAAGAUCCAAGUACAAGGAAGAUCUUUGCACCAUGUAAACUGCUUUCGCUAGGAAGAUCCUAGCACUAAGGACAAACCACAAUCACAUGGAGGGCAGAUGGUUAAGUGAGUAAUCAUUAAUCUUUAAUUCCCUCUCACUGUUAACCACUCGGAACAAAAGUUCUGCUUGUAAACCCAACACAAAGUUGUUUCGCCUAGGGCUGCGAUCUUCCCCCUCUAUGUAAACAGCCCUAUUAAUACGGACAGUCAAUCGGAUGUGCUCUUUUGACAGACUUACAUAGGCCGCGUGUUAAUAGCAGUGAAUCCCUUUAAAGUACUUCACAUUUAUGGCCCGGAUGCGGUAGAUUUCUACCGUGGUGGUGGGGAGACAGAUCAAGGAGACGAGAUAGAUGUCCCAGAUCAUGAUGACCGUGCUACCCGCUGUACAACAGCACAGUUGCCUCAAGAUAUACUGGAGAACAGAAGAAGAAGCCUUCAUGUUUCUAGUGAUACCAUGGGUCAAAGCGGACAGACCAUGUUCAAGAAUUGCAAGGUGAAUACGUUAAAAUCCACUCUCUGUAAGGCAUGGGUCUUUUUCAUAUAUAGUUUGGACAAUAUUAGACAAUAUAGAUUUAGCAUAUUUCGUACGUUUCAUGUGGUGAAUAUUACGCGCUGUGAUUGGUCAUUGCCCCUGAUCUAUUAGAGUACACACGAAAAGGACGUCACAGGAAACUUGUUUUUUUCUUUUGUCCAACAUGAUGGGCGGUUUUGAAUAAAAGUGUUGCAAUAUAAUUUAAGUUUAAGUUUAAUGCCUGUUUGCCAUCCGUACAAAAUUAAGAUCUAAAAAGGUAAAAGAUGGUGGGAGAGCAGCAGGGGAAAAUUGAAUUCUUAUUCAAGGGCUGCUCUCCUUUCGAAUUAAUUGAGUAAAAGCCUCGAAAAAAGUUUAAAGGAGCUGUUUACAAGCAACUGAAACCGAGAAACUGAGACAGAAAGAGUUCUCAGCGACUUGGACAUUGUGAAAGUGACCAAUUAUUCUUUUAUGUUUCUAAAAAACUGAUUGAUAUGUAGGGUCCAAAGCCUCCUCACCUGUACGCGCUAACUAACACUAUGUACCAUAAUAUGAUGAUGGAACAUGAAAACCAAUGCGUUAUCAUCAGGUUAGUACCAAAAAAAUUAAUAAUGGUCUAAGUAGUGUUCAACUUGAACGACGCGUAGCGGGAGUCGGAUCACACACCUGAUUUAACAAGGAACCCAAAUGCGAUUGGAAACGAGUAGCGUGGAAUUUUAAAAUUCAAUUUAUAUUAAUUUUUUUGACCAUUUAGGGCCUGUUUACGUGGAGUUGGGGGAUACCAGGUCUGGUGCGAAAUUGUGUGGAAAGGCGGGUUACCCCACCUAAACUGGUUACCUCACCUACCUGGGGUCCCCCACCUUCAUGUAAACAGGCCCUUAGUUCAAAGAUGUCUGACAGCUUCUCUUUUGACGCAGGGUAUUUUAAGAGACCUGCACCGGACGUACUUCUCAACUUGAUUAAUUGGAGAAUUUUUAUCUUACAAUGAUAUCCCACUUUCAGUCUAUUUUUAUUUGUUUAUUGUUUCGUUUCGUUUUGUUUUGUUGUUGUACAGUUGUUGUUUUUUCUAUCGUCUUUAGCGGGGAGAGUGGGGCCGGUAAGACGGUUUCCGCCAAGCAUAUUAUGAACUUUAUAGCUAAAGCAUCAGGAAAGGGGUCGGAAAAAGUCGAGGUAAGAGAAAUUAGUUGAAUACUGUGGUAAAUACCACAAAAAAUAGUUUAUGUCAAUUCUUAGACAACGUUAUGCAAUUCAGUUAAAUUGUAUGGGAUCAGGAAUAUUUCUUUUAGCCCUUCUGUAUUCUCUCCUUUGUCAAUUUUUUUUGGAAACUUCGCAGAACGGGAUUUUAGAGCCAAGUUCCGUUAAACUAAUAGGAACUACUGACAAACUCUCUAGACAGAAAGUUGUUUACUCUUUUUAUAUAGUUUAACUAAUGAUUGUAAAGUCCACCCUUUACUAUACACGCUUGCUGCUUGUAAAAUCAUGUUGUUGAAUGUUAUUCCAGCAUAUCAAGGAUAUCAUUAUUCAGUCUAAUCCAUUAUUGGAAGCCUUUGGUAACGCCAAGACUAUGAGAAACAACAAUUCCAGCAGAUUUGUAAGUAAUGAUCGACUGCUUUUCCCUCUAGAGCUGAUUUUAAUCAGUUUUUGAAACCAACAAAGUCGUUUUCUUUAUUAGUUUUACCUUGCAACGAAUGUUUUAAGUACGCUACUUUGGGGGCCGUAUAGCUCAUGCCAAUUUGGCGCUCACCAUAGAAAUUUAUUUGCUGUGUAUUUUUUGUAAUUUACUCAAUGGGCUGUCUUUUUGUGUUAAUCAGUGCGUACGGCUUGUUUCGAAUUUUGGCAGGGGUUCUAAAAAGCCACCUCGAGGGGCGAGCACGCCUUGCGACAAGACACACACAUCGGCAAUGUGUCUUCGAUAACUUCCAGAACACAUUAUAGGUUACCUGUUGAUUGAAACAAAAGACUGAAACAAGCUGUAUCGGACAAAACCAAACAACCAUUUCUACAAAAAUCAAAAAUUUGUCAAAUUGAGGUUUAAUGUUCAAUAAAUUGGAAUCUACUAGGAAUCCUAAUGUAAACAAAAAUGGGAUCAUUAUGCGUUUCUGGGUAACUGAUCACCCACCCAUCCCCUAAAUCAACAUUUUGCCCUAAUUGAGAAGUAAGUGUUAAUGUUGGUUUAGGGGAGGAGUGGGUAGUCAGUUACCCAGAUACGUAAAAUGAUCCCGAAAAUGUGCAAGUUAUCUGUAUUAUCUACUUACUUGCCUUUAAUCUCUUUUACCGAAAGGGAAAAUUUAUGGAGAUUCAGUUUAACUUUUCUGGCCACCCCGAUGGAGGGAAAAUUUCUAAUUUUCUCCUUGAAAAGGUAAGCUAGACAAACUAAACACAGUUUUACGUGAGAAGGUAAAUAUUCAUCGAUGUAACUCCUCCUUCGGCGUAGAAUGUUCCUGGGAGGUAAAUUUAGCAGUCCUACUCUUUCAAAUCGACGUCAAAUGUGCUCAUUCACUUCCCAGUCUUACUUAUAUGAUUAUUUAUUAAUCAGAUCGUAAAUGACAAAAACUUCAUUAACUGGUCUCUGAUUUUUACGUUUUUUCUAGUCUCGUGUAGUGCACCUGAAUAAGAAUGAACGUAAUUACCACGUGUUUUAUCAGCUCCUUUCUGGCUGNGCCACCUCGAGGGGCGAGCACGCCUUGCGACAAGACACACACAUCGGCAAUGUGUCUUCGAUAACUUCCAGAACACAUUAUAGGUUACCUGUUGAUUGAAACAAAAGACUGAAACAAGCUGUAUCGGACAAAACCAAACAACCAUUUCUACAAAAAUCAAAAAUUUGUCAAAUUGAGGUUUAAUGUUCAAUAAAUUGGAAUCUACUAGGAAUCCUAAUGUAAACAAAAAUGGGAUCAUUAUGCGUUUCUGGGUAACUGAUCACCCACCCAUCCCCUAAAUCAACAUUUUGCCCUAAUUGAGAAGUAAGUGUUAAUGUUGGUUUAGGGGAGGAGUGGGUAGUCAGUUACCCAGAUACGUAAAAUGAUCCCGAAAAUGUGCAAGUUAUCUGUAUUAUCUACUUACUUGCCUUUAAUCUCUUUUACCGAAAGGGAAAAUUUAUGGAGAUUCAGUUUAACUUUUCUGGCCACCCCGAUGGAGGGAAAAUUUCUAAUUUUCUCCUUGAAAAGGUAAGCUAGACAAACUAAACACAGUUUUACGUGAGAAGGUAAAUAUUCAUCGAUGUAACUCCUCCUUCGGCGUAGAAUGUUCCUGGGAGGUAAAUUUAGCAGUCCUACUCUUUCAAAUCGACGUCAAAUGUGCUCAUUCACUUCCCAGUCUUACUUAUAUGAUUAUUUAUUAAUCAGAUCGUAAAUGACAAAAACUUCAUUAACUGGUCUCUGAUUUUUACGUUUUUUCUAGUCUCGUGUAGUGCACCUGAAUAAGAAUGAACGUAAUUACCACGUGUUUUAUCAGCUCCUUUCUGGCUGCCCCAAAGAACAACACAGUAAGUAAACGUACCAUCAAUGUACCAUACCUUCAAUGUCUUUUACCCAUUACUUUAUACUUUUGGACUGCCUAAGUUUAAAGUAGAAGAAAAUAAACUCGGAAGAUAAAUUCAAAUUUUCAAGAUCAAUCGGAACAAUUUCCAUGUGAAAGAAAAAACUCUUCUGGUGAGCUUUGUCAUCUAAUUUUUUUUCAUAUAUUUUAUAAGUUCUUCCUUGAGGGCAUUACCGCGACGGGAUAAGGUCAGUAGGUAGAGUGCUUGGCUGUAGAGCAAGAGUUCCUGGGUUCUAUCCCUGAGGCUGGACCAGUACUCGGGGUCUUAAAAUAACUGAGAAAUGAAGGUGCUACAUUUGCCCUGCGCGUGCACAAGGAUACAUAAAAAUCGCGUCCCUUAAUUAUAUAUAUUUAGUGCUUAAUACAUUGGCAUUCAAAUAAAGUGCAUUUUUUUCCUAUUUUUCUUCGAUGUCAGACGAUUUUGGGUUUGAAUUUGCCAGACCUGAAUUUUAUUUCUAUCUAAAUCAAACUGGUGUCUACACAGUGGAUGGCACAAACGAUGCUGAGGACUACAAUUGCUUAAGGGUAAAAAUUAUUGUUAUUCGCAUAUUUAAAACAUUACUUUGAUAUAAAACGCUUUUGCAAAUAAAUCGAUACAAGACGAUUUCGUUCAGGCAAAUACACUGUUAAGAUUCGAAACCACUGAACUAGGUCCGUCCACCGGGACCGGUCUUUUAUCCUUCCCGGAAAGAGACGAGAGGAUGAGCGUAGGUUCAUUUUCUCGAGACGCGGAAGAAAUCGAGCCCACGUUUAACCUUCCUUGCCAAAUAAAUAUGGUGCUUAAUGGAUGUAAGUUGCAACAUAUCUAGCACCACCCUGUCCGCACCCCUUCAGUUACCCUCUCCGUCGUUCUGUAAGCUUACCAACUCACCGGGUGUCUUGAGAUUAAUAACAUAAACACAAGGUUGACACGUACCUUAAAAAUACCUACUAUUAAUAGUAGUAUAGUAGGGACCGAAUUAACCUUUUUUGCGCUGGAACUUUGCGCGCUUUUAUUUUGAAAACAUAUUAGAUUCUACAUUAACCAAUCAGGGUUUAGAAGAUACUGGGCAAGCUCAAGCAGUUCAUUUGAUGAGAUACCGCAGCAAUUAAAUAAUGAUUUAAAGAUAAAAGGGUAUAACCUCAUUCAUCUAAAACCUGACAGACCGGUUAAGCCACCUAAAAAUAGCACAUGACCUUAUGUUAAUGAGAUUCCAGCGCGGUUCAUUUACGAGAUAGAGACAUAUCGGUGUUAAUGUAUUCCUCUUCCUGUUAAUGAGAUUAUUGCACCAAAAAGGUGAAUUCGAUCCCUUUUAUACUACUUACUAUCUACUUACAGCAAGCGAUGAGCGUGGUUGGGUUUAACACCACCACCCAGACAACGAUACUAAAGUUGGUUUCUGCCAUUCUACAUCUUGGUAACAUAAAUUUUAAAGAGGAGAACAACGUGGCUGUACCUGUCACCGACAACAGUAAGUACAAAUCGUUACCUAAAAGUUACAGAAGUCUCGGCUUGAUGUCUAGCCUCAGAAAACAGCCGACAUUUUGCGUGACCACCACUAAUUUCCCGCGAAAUGUCGUCUAAGAAACGCGCGCAAUAAUUCUACACGGAUGACAUGUCACUAUCCAAGUCUGGUUAGUGCUUUAGAUAGUUGAAGCAAAUUUCUCGCGCGACACAAAUAAUCAGUAGUACAGGGUAGUGACAAGUCAUCAGUAUGGUUAUCAGUUUCUCAGGUGUCAUUUCGAGGGGAAAACCAUUGGCGGCGUCUCGGAAUGUCGGCUAUUUUCUCAGGCUACUUGAUGUCACCAAUUAACAAUAUUGUACACUUUCAGUGCUAACUGUUCCAGCGAGGCUUCUUAGUGUCGAUAAAGACCUUCUCAAGGAGAAAUUAAUCAGGUAAUGAUUGCUCUAGCUUUUUAUUUUACUAAGCGAGUUAAUCAAGAAAGGCCAUUUUUUGGCACAAUUGAGAAUUUAAGUACGCAAAUGCUUAUAAUUAGAAUGGGUACUUAGCAAAGACACCCUCCUGAAAACUGUGUGUCAGACUACCUUUUAAGGGACCCUUUAUUUGGCACACAUUAUUUCUGUCUUUAUCAUAACGAUCAAAUGAAAGAAACAGUGAUUUUCUUUUUUUAAGCUCGAUAAUGGAAGCUCGCUGGGGAGGCAAAGUAGAAGUAACAAAGAAAACUAACAACGCUGACCAGGUUCGUAGAUUUACUGGGGGCGCUUUCCAUUCAGCCUAAAAUUUUGGAAAUUUUUGUUAGAAGUCAAAUGGAACGGACCAUUUCAGUUCGGUCAGACAGGAAUAUUUGACCAGCGACAAAAUUGUUGCCCCCAGUAACGCUCUUUUGUAUCCUACUUACAAGAACAAUAACCAAACGUGCGGUGGCUUGGGUCGGGUCUGGUCGUUGCAUUGGGCACGUGAAAUGUCCCAAAUUUCCGACCAGAAUUUUUGUUCAAUGGACAGCACCCUAGAACUUUUCAUAAAAACGGACUAUCUUUCUGUUUGAUUAUCAAUCAUGGAGUAACAAAAUGUAAAGAAAAAUAGGAUGAUAUGUAAAACGACAGGCGUACAAACGGCAACAGCAUUGUCGAGACAGCCGUCAGAUGGGCUAUAUUUCGAGAAGUAACCAAUCCUGAUCCUUCCCCUCCCUUUCCGCCUCCGAUCCAACAAAAGUCACCGAUUUUAGCUUAUUUUUCUACCAUUAAUUUUUUGUUCCCCAGCCGUAACAGCAACGUUACAAAAUUAAUACAUAUCUCAUCUAAUACACGGCUUUAUUUCUUUUUUAAAAGGCUCUUCAGGCCCGUGAUGCGUUGGCAAAGGCUCUAUACUCACAGGUGUUUGAUUAUCUUGUACAGGUAGGGUAUGACUGCAAUCACUGUAACAGUUUUUCUUCUUCAACCGUUUAAGAAAUUCACUUAGUCAAACUUCCCCUUUUUCUUUGCUUAAUUUAUUGAGUAAUAGAUACAAAUACUUCGGAAUCAUAAGUGAUAUUUUCCUAAUAUUUUCCUCUUGCUUUGUCUUUUCCUCAUCUUGAUUUCUGCUUAUUUCAGUGAGACAGUAAAUUAUCCUUGUCAACAACGCAAAUGUUUAUUCUACAGGGCAUCAAUGAGGCUAUGCAGAAAGAUAAAGAAGAAAUGUCUAUAGGAGUUCUUGAUAUCUAUGGCUUUGAGAUUUUUGAGGUGAGCUAAGAUGGAAAACUUAUUUUAAUUUCUUAAUAACAACAUACGAUAUACAUUGUAAAACGUUAAGUGAACAGUCUUGAUUAGAACAAAAACUAAAAAAACCUUAAGUGUUACCUCCUUUGGCCUCCUCCACCCCUGAUAAAUGGACGCAAGGCGCAGAUAAAAUUUCGUGUACCACUUGGUAUCACAUGUGGUUUAGUCUUUUCCAGUGGUUAUUAGCGCACCCAGCAAUAUGUCAGGUAGGUCACGGGUUCGUUCCUGAGCUUAAAAUUUGUUGUCACAUCGAUAAAUUUUGAACAUCCUACCCACCUAUCGGCAUUCUAGUUCCAAAACAAUAAUUACGUCCAUUUCUUGAGCUAAGUGUACUGUGUUAAGCUGCUAUAAGUCUUCUCUAGCUCAGUAGUAAAGCAUCUUAAAUAGAGAGGAGGCCUUUAGCAAGAUGACGUCAUUUUACUUCUUCCACCAGAAUCCUUCAGAAUUCUGAGAAGACUAAAAUUCGUGUUAGAGUGUCUGACGCAUGCGCGCUAACACUUUUAAUUCACGUUCUCUUUGUUUCAGCAUAAUCAGUUUGAACAAUUUGCCAUUAACUUUGUCAAUGAAAAGUUGCAGCAAAUUUUUAUUGAACUCACAUUGAAAAUGGAACAGGUGCGUUAACAAUAAAGAACUUUUUAUGGGUUUUAAGUCUAGAAAGGAGGAUUAUAGACUACAAUACUGAAAAGGAGUUUAUCAAAUUCGAUUAAAUCAAGCUAAUUAGUAACAAAAAAGUAUUAAACCAGCAAAACAAAUUUUGAUUAUCGUGAAGAAGAGUCUGUGUCUGGUAAAUUAACCAGUGAAAUCGAGAAACAAUAAAACAGCAGAUAUGACAGGACAUAUCAGUUUGUUACGGCAAGAUCAUUGGGUGUUAUACUUUUGUAGUUUCUUCUAGUUGAAGAUUAGUGCAAUCACCGAAUCAGGGGCACCCAACGAGAAUAUAGUUCAAAACCAAUUAAACAUAGCAUUGUUGAACGUAUUUUAGUACUUUAAACGGUAGAUAUAGGCAUAUUUUUAUCCUCUAAAAGUUUUUCAUCUGUUUGGAUUUCCUAGCUGAAAGUCUAGUGAUCCGAAAAUUAUAGGGAUCAAAACUUAUCUUUUCGGAAAUUUCAUCCAGAAAAAGGGCUCCCGAAAAUUCUAGGUGACCUUUCUAGGGUAAAAACCCGUUAAAAAUGGGAAAUUAUACCAUUUUUAGAUGUUCGAAAAUCCUAGGAGAGGCAGGCAAGCCAGAAAUUUUACAACAAGUGUUCCGAAAAUUCUAGAUCUCAAAUAGUCUUCCGAACAAAUAUUUUCCGAAAAUUGACGUUGCGUGUCCCUGCCGAAUCACGUAAUAUAAAACAUUGAAAGAACACCUAACAAUGCCCACACCACAAACAUUGGCUAAUUAAAAAUGUUCAAUGGCUAAUCAAUAAUGAUUUCAGCAACACCAAGAAACACGCCCCUUUUUUAAAGUGACCCACUUCCAUUGAAAUAUCUCGUAGGAAGAGUAUGUACAGGAAGGAAUCACGUGGCAAGAAGUCAAAUAUUUUAACAACAAGACGGUUUGCGAGCUUAUUGAGAGUAAGGUAUCAGUAUUUUUUCAGCAUAACAGAUUCAAACUUGGGUUUCUCAUUGGGACCAAGGUCUCCUCUCCGACGAUGAAGAGGAAGUUUAAGACAAACCAUUUGAAAUAACAAUAAUAAUAGUAAUAAUAAUAAUAAUAAUAAUUAUGAUGAUGAUGAUGAUGAUAAUAGCAACAAAAAUUCUUUCUAACGUAGCUUAUUUAUGUUCUUUAUGAAACAUUCCUUGGUCCUCUAUAUGUUUAUAACUUGGACACAAAGAAAGUUUCUAUUUACGCCCUACGAUGAGUUAAACGAACAAUUUUUGAUUAUAAUGAUUGACGGAACUGUUAACGUGACAUAAAGAGUUUCGUUUUUUUUAACCUUAUCUUAUCAAGUGAUUGAGUUAAACGUUUUGUGACGUGCUUUAAACUGUAAUCACUCGGUCUUCCGAGACGUUUUGGCACUAGAUUCACAGUAUAAAGCACAUGACAAAACGCCUUACUCUUUCACUUGAUAAAAUAUAGUUUUAGGUUUUAGGUAAGAUUAUUAAUUUAAAAGUAAUGAAAUAGAUUAGUGCCAGUGCUUAAGAAAGUGGUCCCAAUUAGCUAACUGUUAAGCUAAAUACAUUGACACUGAAAUGAAGUUAUUAUUAUUAUUAUUAUUAUUAUUAUUAUUAUGUAAAAUUUAGCACAGAGAUUUUCCUUGGGGAGAAAUAUCCAGUCAAGUCUCAUCCCGAGACCUUAGACUUCCAGCACCUUUCUGAGGAUAUGUGCCGAUCCGAGGAGUGCCGACUUUUGCAUCGUUCUUGUUCCUAGUGGCUCCAAGUGACCUGCCAGCUUCUUUGACACUGAACCCAAUGCACCUACAACCACUGGCACCACUUUUGUCCUUGAUUUCCAGAUCCUUUGAAUCUCUCUUGCCAGGUCUUGGUACUUUUCACACUUUUCAGUUUCUUUCUGCAGUAUAUUACUAUCUCCGGGAACAGCUAUGUCCACAAUGAUUGUUUCCUUUGCCUUCUUUUUCUGAAUUACAAUGUCUGGCCUCCUGUGAUGGAUUUCACGGUCUGUUUGGAUGGUAAAGUCCCACAACAGUUUAACCUCCUCAUUCUCUUCUACGCUUUUGGGGGAAUGCUCAUACCAUUUGUCACUGCACUCAACUCCAUAUUCCUUGCACACCUCCCAAUGAAUGACCCGCCCAACAACACCAUGCCUCUUUUUAUAUUCUGUCUGCGCAAGCUUGGGGCAACUACACAAAAUAUGCUGCACAGUUUCAUCGUGGCUACCACACAUUCUGCAUUUGGAUGAUACAUUUUGGUUUUCGAUUCUGGCUUUUACGGCGUUUGUUCUUACUGCCUGAUCUUGCGCAGCAAAAAUAAGCCCUUCUGUCUCCUUCUUCAGUUCACCAGUUCUUAUCCACUCCCAAGACACACCAGAUAGGUCAUCUGUCUCUCUCUUGAACUGCCCAUGCAGCUGCUUUCCACACCAGUCCUCAGUUCUUUUCCUUUCCAUCUUUUCCUUAUAUUCCUUUGGCGUUUCAAUUUCAUUGACAUUCUUCCUCUUCCAUGCAGCUUUCAACAACCGUUCCUGGCUCUGGCAAACGUAGACAUUGAUAUUUCUUUCUUCAAUAUUAAUGGCAUCCUCAACACUAAUUAGUCCACGCCCUCCUUCUCUUCUUGGUAGGUACAAGCGGCUUACAUUGGACCUGGGAUGAAGAGCGUCAUGGAUGGUUAAUAGUUUCCUGGUCUUACGAUCCAAUUCAGCAAGCUCACUCUUUGUCCAAUUUAUUAUUAUUAUUAUUAUUAUUAUUAUUAUUAUUAUUAUUAUUAUCAUUAUUUUUAUUAUUCUUACGGAAUCGAACGUUUUUGUAUGCUAACACGUUUCUAUGCUGGGAAUAUGAAACCUCGUUCACUCUAAAUAGCAGUGGGUUACAUAUUUAUUUUGAUAUUUUUUCAUCCCUUUGUUAGCGUCCCCCUGGUAUUAUGUGCACUCUUGAUGAUGUCUGCAGCACCAUGCACGCAGUGUCUGAAGGCUCAGAAAAAACUCUGAUGGAGGUAUAUAAUAAAUUUUAACAGAUUAACUUCCUUGUGAAAAAAUCAUUUUAGGAUGUUAUAUAUAAUAUGCGAGUGUUUGAAUAGCUCUGUCACCUCUCUGCAGAACAAACCAUUUCUAUGGAGUGUUCCAUCUUUGUCAGUUCCUCAAAGGAUGAUAGAAGAGUCGUUUUUGAACGCUUAAUAUAUUCUUGAUAAAAAAAAAACAGUCAUGCGUACUGUUUAAAAUGCAUACAUUGAGUCUGUAACCGUACAAAAAACAACAGAAAUAGCAAACAAACCUGCAACUGCCGUCUAAUACUCUGCACUCAAUUGGAUCAGUGAAUACUAUAAGAUCGUUUGAAUCUUCAAAUGAGGUAUUCAUGCAUCCACGCCAUACUUUUUCUCCUGUUUAUGGCUGUCUCAUUUCAUUGUGGAUAUUUUCUGAUUGUGUUGAUUCUUUUUACUUUAUCAGAAACUCCGAGCGGUUGUGGCUUCCAAUAAAGAUUUCUCUCGCUACUUUAGGGCUCAGUCGAACUACUUUACUAUUACACACUACGCGGGAAAUGUAAGUGACGCGUAACUCGUGAAUUUCUCAUACUAGGAAGCAAAUAGUCUGCUACACAGCCUUUUUAGAGUGGUCACACAACGCUCCUCGCCUUCGUGGGGAGGAGCGUUGCGUGACGACACUAAAAACGGCUGUGUAGCAGACUAGGAAGCAAACGAAUAAACCAAAAAAGACUCAACAUAAUUAUUAAACAUACACUGCUUCAAACAAUUCCUUAGAAACUUCUUCAUGUAUGAUUAUUUAAUUUGCAAUGUUCGCUUCAUGCUAGUUUGUUAAUCUUUCUUUAGGUCGAUUACGAGGCAAAAGGCUUCUGCGAGAAGAACAAAGACGUGCUAUCAAAUGAUAUGAUUGCUUUGAUGCAGUCUAGUGAAGAGUAAGGCCUUUUGCUUUAAUUCACUGAAUGUUUCUCAAAGCUUACUUAUUUAUCUAGUAUGGAAACACGUAAUGUUGAUCUUACGUACCUCGUUUUAAGUACGUACCAGUGCAGUGUCCAUUUUUCUCACCAUGAACUUUUAAACCUCAUUCUUCCAUGGACGACUACAUGCUGCAUUUUAAUCUUUUUUGAUCAAGUCAAUUAGCGAUGGUAUAACGCAGAUUACAUGUAAAAACACGACAAGUUUAUCUCUAAAACAGUGUCCAUUUUUCUCACCAUGAACUUUUAAACCUCAUUCUCCCAUGGACGACUACAUGCUGCAGUUUAAUCUUUUUUGAUCAAGUCAAUUAGCGACGGUAUAACGCAGAUUACAUGUAAAACACGACAAGUUUAUCUCUAAAAAAUUCUUCUUCUUCGCCUAAGGUCACGUGUCCUAUUACUCCAUGCUGAAGUCCCUUGAUGUGACGCUUACAUCUUCACAUAUCAGUUCAAAAAUUAAUCCUAGUACUCUAAAUACACGGAACCGUUUCUUUGCUGUCUGUUUGUUUUUAAUUCCAGCGCUUUCGUUCGUGGUCUUUUUCCUGCUGCUCCGAGCAAUGAGAGUACAGGGCGCCGUGCCAAGUCCAAUACCGCUGGAGCCAAAAUUAAGGUAUUUCCUGUUAGUUCCUUAUCAAUAGUUCAAGACUUAAGUCUCUAAUACAUUAGUACUUAGUACUUAAGAAGUAGAAGUAUAGUGUCUUCUUUCUCACCAAUAGAUCUUUUUCACAUGACGUCACAUCCGUCAUGUUUGUGUCCUGACACAACGAAACGGCGGCCAUGUUCGUGUCCCAAACUAAUCCUGUGGGAGUGGAACUCCUUUCUUAUGCAAAGGCAUUUCUUCUAUCCCAAUGAAUUUGCAUCAUUACUGACUACGUGAUUGGCCUUUCUCAUGACGUUUAUCGUCCGCCGUACCAGUUGUUGUCCCAAAACAAUAAGUCGACGGCCAUGUUGAUGUUCCAAGCCAGUCCUGUGAGAGAAAUCUUUUUCUUAUGUUUAACUCCUUCUUUUAUCCCAAUAAUUUGCACAGUUUAAUUUCUACACACGUGAGUGAAGACGCUCCAUACUUUCCAUAGUUUCCAAGUUCUCUUACAGUUUUUUUGCUAACAUUGUUGAGCCAGGCCUUGAACUACUUAUUGAGCACAUUAUUUGUUAAUCUAUGUCAACACCUUUUUGUGUCAUUUAGUCCCAAGCCGCCGCCCUGAUUGACAAGAUAAUGACCUGCACUCCUCAUUAUGUCCGUUGCAUCAAACCAAGUGAAUCCAAGCAGCCACUAGACUGGGACGACCAGAGGUAAAUAUGGAGUGGAGAUGUGUAACGUCACGUUACCAUGGUAGCAAAAUUUCUGGAUCUCCACAAUCUUUCUUGAAAGAGAAGGGCAUUUGCCUAGGCGAAAGAUGGAAGAAUAGUAUGGAAUACCGUUUUUUUCUUUUUUUUUUUGAGUGCAGUCAAGCACAGGAAAGUCAUACCUUUCAAAGCAUCCGUUUUUCCGCCAUAUUUGCAGCUCCACGGUUUGUUGAGAUCCAGAAAUUUUGCUACUAUGGCAACGUGACGUAACGACUUCUCCUCUCUACUGUUAGAGAGCUUAUGCAAAAGAAUUUUUGAGCGACUCACGUCAACCGGAAGUGUAUUCGUUUUCAUUUUAAAUUACCUUGAUGCUACCAAUUUUUUAUUUCGAAGUGUCUUCACUAUUAUAGAGACGAUUUGUCCAAAAAUUGAGGAAAACCACCGUCCAAAAAUGAAAAAAACAAAAAAAAAAAGACUACUAACGGUUGACGUGCGUCGCUCAAAAACGUCUUUGCUUAAACUCCAUUUUAGUUGAACAAAAAAUUCAGGGAACAUAAUGUCCUCAAGAAUUGUCUCCCCUCAACUUCUUUAACCUUAAUGCUGACUGAGCAUCAGGAAAAUAGAUGAUAGAAAUAAUUUAACAUCUUUGAAUAAUCACAAAAAUAAUCCAUUUGCCGGUGGAAAAAUAAGGAGUAAAAAAAAAAUUUUAUAAAGGUUUUUGCCGUGAAGAAGUAUGCACGUUGCAUUCUGUAAAUAUAAUUGAGUGCAUAGCUACUAAGGUACCUAAUUUUUGCUGUUAUGUUUUGAGCAGAUUUUCACUAGUCUUUUUAAUGUGGUUAUUUUAAAUUCAAUAAGAUUAGAUUGCUUUCACAUGACGUCACUUUCUCCAUGUUGUUGUCCCAAAACAAUUAAAAGGCGGCCAUGUUGGUUAUUCAAACCAAUCCGUUGGGAAUUAAAUUCUUUUCUUAUGUAAAAACUUUACUUUAAUUCCAAGAGAUUUGCAUUGCUGCUGGCCACGUGAGUGAGUGUCGUGAUACAACUCACUUCGACUCUGAAGAUGACUACCACAAAGGUUGUCGAAACGUCCGAAACUGUCAACAACAACAGUCCCCUUCAGGACUACGUUCACCCGGACGAUCAUACUGAAAAUACUUUGAAGGCUCUAUUUAUUAUGUUUUCCCUAACUUCUUGCAGAGUGUUGCAUCAAAUUAAUUACCUGGGUUUGAAGGAGAACAUCCGUGUUAGACGAGCUGGGUUUGCAUUUCGUCGCCAGUUCCAGCAAAUCAUUUAUAGGUUAGUAGUAUUUUGUCAAAUACCGCCCCCUACUCCGCGAGAAAACUGUUAACUCCACCCUGGCGUCAAAACGGUAGCACAGAGAAUAUUCUAUUCUCCCUCGACUGAAAUUGCGUAUUUACAUGUCAGGUAAUUCAUACUAGUGUUGCGUCUUAAUUACUAUUCGGGUAGCUGAGAUAUUCAAGGCUUAUAGCGAGCUUUAAGUAUUUUUUCUUUCUUUUAUGGUAUAUUUUGCAGGUAUGGUAUAAUCUCUCCUCAUGUUCACAAGGGCUGGGAUGGUGACCCGGCUGAAGGAUGUCGCAUUAUAAUGAAUGAUGCUGGAAUUGAUUCUUCAAAAUGGCAGGCAGGAAAGACAAAGUUGUUUCUUAAGGAACCAAGCACGGUAAUGUAAUCACUAAUGUUUAGAAAAAACGUGAUAGUUUGAAUUACCAAUCUCUCCGAGGGGCCCACACCGCUAUAUUACAAUUUUGUGGCAAAGGAAGGUGCCGAGUAAUGUAGAUUAAUAGAAAUUCGUCUAAAAAUUCACAGCUUUUAUAAGAAAACCAAAGUCUAGCUUAAGCUUGGUCAUUAUCGCUCUACUGCUUAUGGAUCGAGGUUCGUGGUUACUUUUUGGCAAAUCUUGAUUCUCCGACAUGUAUAGGGAACCUAGUAGGCUUCUGAAAGCUACUCACUAUUAUUUAAGAGUAUCGAUAAGUGAGGGACUGGAUUUAAGACGCAAUUAUAGCUAACUUUUGAGAUGCUCCCCUCCCCCCCGUUUUUAGAGGAUUUAUUGCAAGGAAGGUCUAGGUGUGUUUGUUUGUUCUCCGUCUUAAGGCCAUAUGGAAUGCGAUAUAUAUAACUGUCAAGCUCAAUUAACUUUCUAUUGUUUUCUAACUGGCUAUUACUGUACUUAAAUUUUGACAGCUAAACAAGCUUGAAGACGUCAAAAACAGGAUUUUGGAAAAGUAUUGCAUUACAAUUCAGGGAACUUACCGAACGUACAGAUUACGGAAAAGAUUUCAGAAUAUACGGAAAGGUCUGUAUAUGUUUUAUUGCUGAGGUUAAGUUGCACACAAGAUCACGCUUUUUAAGAUAAACACCUGGGGGUGGGGGAGGGAAGGCCGGGAAAGGAGGGCACUCUUGUUUGAAGUUGACAAGGAUGCUCUUCGUUUCGCUGAGAGGGAUAAAAAUCACCCUGGGAUGUUCAGAAUGGAAAGCCAAUGUUUUUACCCUAGGGGCUGUUUGGAGAGAGGAAAGAGCCGUAUUGAUGAGUGGGGGAUGAUCCCCUGAGCAACGCAAGCUCAGCAAAGUCUCCCGCGAUCCUUUGGUCAUGUUUAUUGGCCUACCUUUUGCUACAAGAUCGUCUCCUCCAAGAGUUCAUGUUUUGGCUCAAAAUUAAUUAUCCAUCAUUCAAUUUCAUCUUCCUGUUGCUCUUGGGUAUAGAAAUAACAAAAUUGAUACGAUAGAAGGUAAAAAUUAAACCAAAGAGGAAAUUUGAGUUACACUGCUAAGACGUAUAAAUGACAGUUUUGUUUAUCGUUUUGUUUAUCUUUUUCUCUAACUUUUAAGGUGUAGCUGUGAUCCAGAGAGCAUAUCGACGAUAUAGAGAGCGAAGUGCUCUUGAUAAGCUGAUAACAAUUAAAAAGCUCCUUCAAGGUGUGUAAUGAUAAUAAUAAUAAUGAACUGUAUUUAGCUUAUAAAUAAUACUGGAAUUGUAAUAUAGCAUAUUUUAUUUUAUUUUAACUUAUUUUCUCUCGAGGAUAUUAGCUCUACAGCUACUCUGUAAAUUUCGAGCAUAAAUAAAGUAUAUGUGUGUAAUAAGUGUGACCCGUGUGACGUACUCUGUCUUCUUAGACUUUCAUUAAAGUUGGAGAGGUUAAUGAUCUAUUCGUAGUUAUGGACAUGAAAACACUGCGAUGUUGUAUUUUAGCACUUAAAGAUACUAGAGAUAAGGUCAUUGGCCUAUGGAAUCUUUUGUGCCCAGCUGAAUCAGAAUGGCGUGAUGAUUUAAAGGCCAGUGUGUGCAGAUUCAUAAUAUAUAAAUUUAGCUAAGGCCAAAAGCGAAGCUCUCGUGGGACAUUUUCUGAAAAAUCUUACUCCAGUAGUUCAACAUUUGCCAUAACCAAGAAGAAAACUAAAUUCCUCCUUUCAAAAAUGGACCUGAGCCCGCGAUCAAUUGAAAACCAGGAGCCCAUUGUUGAAAACCAUUAACUGGUCAACGGAGAACUUAAAAAAAACGUCACCUCAAUUAGUUGUACACCUGAGCCCGCUAUACAGCCAUGUGACACCGGUUAGCGGAUACACCUUUUUGGCAGCUGUCAAUUGACUAUAACAUGGAUGUCCUGAAUAUCAAGUUUAACACUGAUUGUUUAUACCUCGGCCUCAAGGCUGCUAGUAAGUGUGACAUCUCACAUCCGCCAACAUAAGGGGUGGAUGUACUUACGUGCGAUUUGUCACAACUACAACUUUCUGGGAUGCAUAUAUAACCAAAUUUUAUUAACAUGGUGCUCCGCUGUUGUUCUCGCGAGAGCUCCACUAUACGUACGCCAUCUGUAAAUAUAUAGGAAAAGCACUAACCUAUCGAAUUGAAUGUGUUUUUAUUAAAUCUUUUAGGUGUCGAUGUCCUAGGGGACAGAAAAAGAAGACGAGCUUCGUGGGACAUGGGUUUCAAAGGAGAUUACAUGGACUUCCAGAACAAUAAGCCCUUACAGAACGUAAUACGUAAGGCUUACGUUUAUGUUAUUAAAACUAUACAUGAAAUAAUUAAAUUACGCACAACAAAACUCCAAUUCUUUCAUUAUAGAUUUAAUGAAAGUGGGGGGGAGCAGUGAAACUUUUGGGAGGGAGAGAUUCCAUCCUUUGAGCGCAGAGGUCCAAAAAACAAAAAUGAAUUACGUGGUGAGCUGAGUGAGGUAAGCCCUUCCAGAGAAGAGUGGAUAGAAUCAAACAGGUAUCGGGAUAACGUUCAUCUACUUAUAGCAUUCAUUAACGAUCAAAGUUUGUCGUAUCGUCCCCAGUACAAACAAUGAACAUUAUAGGCGAUGCCAGUUCAAUUACCUCGUUAACCUCCACUACUAUCAUGAGUUGCUUAUAACAGUGCCUUUCUUUUUCACGUAGCGGAUAAAAGGGUGGAGUUUGCGGCUGAAGUAAGGAAAUACUCUCGCGAUGGAAAGGUAUUGACACUUGUCGAGUCUUGUCGAGGAAAAAAACAAAAUCAUUGGUUUAACCUUUUUUUUUUCUGUCAUAGGAGCAAUUUCGGGUUUUAGUGUUGACGGGGAAGUGGCUGUACGUCAUUGGUGAAGUAAGUUGAACUUACCCCAGAGAGUAUUUACUAACAUCACUGUUACAAUCACCAUUGCCAUUAUCGUUAUUAUCGAUAACUUUUGUUUUACUCCUUCUCAGUUGUCAUUAUUAUUAUUAAUAUUAUAUUUAUUUUUUACAAGCAAUCAAAGGCGUAUAAUAAGUUCGUUUUUCGUUUGUCUUUUCACAGGUGAAAAGUACUCAUAAAUUAGGAGAUGUGGCUUACAAGGUUAAGCGAAGGCUGCACAUGGCCGAUAUAAAUUCUGUCACAGUGAGGUAAGGAAAAACGCAGUGCUUAACAUGAUAAAUGUAAUUCAUGAAAGAACAGUGAUAAUCAGUAAAUCAAUGAAUUAAUUAAUCAUAACAGUGAAUUAGGAUAAUUUUAAUUGAUUGGAUAUAUCUUUUGAAUUCAUCGACAAAAUAACAGACGACCUAGGCGCAAGAUAAACCUUUUAAAAUGCUCCUUCAAGGCCUGCGACAAUGAACUAAUUUACUUGUAUUUUCAAUAUUUCAGUCCUCACGAUGACUCCUUCUUUGUGCUUCAUGCGAAGGACUAUGACAAUCUAUUUGAUUGUCCAAUGUUGCCCGAGGCUCUAAACAGAUUAGCUGUGGUAUAUAAGCUGGAAAACGACUGUGAGCUACAUCUGAAUGUAGCUGAAAGGUAAGGUCUUCUUUUUCUAAAAGAAAAAUUUAUGUAUCUUUGAUAAAAAGUUUAAAAGCUUAGUACGUAAUAAGAUUUCAACCUUUCCUGGCUCUCUGCACUUCUCUCGAACAGAGAAAAAAACAAAGAUUCACUUAUUCAUGAUUUUUUUAAAAAAAUAUCCAACCUUCUGCGGUCAUUCACUAUUUUGUUAAAGACAAGGCGAACAUUUGUUUUUUAACACGCUACUUUAAGAAAUUUCAGAUAAACCACUGCAUUAUUUGAUAAAGUAACUCAAACUACAAACAAAAUCGUUCAAGAAAUUUCAGUUUGAUUUUUAAGAGCGGAAAUCUUGCAGUUUCAUAAAGGUUAAUUGUAGGAAGUGGAAAGGAUAGGGUAUCAGUUAAUAUUCAUCAAAGAGUUGAGAUUCUAAAGGUAACCCUACACAGCUGACUAGAAAUCUUAUUUCAUUCAUUGGCUUUAGUGUGGACUGUCAAAUUAAAGGAGGAGGUGUCCGGCAUAUUCAUUUUUUAGAAAAAGGGACCUCUAGAUUAAAAACCUCACCUUCAAAGAAGACAUUUACUAUUGCAGCAUCUAUAGGUAAGUUAGAAACAAAGUAUACGUGAAAUAAUCUGGACUGUGCCUGUCGUUAUCUGAUUAGCCUCCUCUGUCAUCUUUUGUCAGGAGUUCAAAUGUGAACUUGGGAAAAAAUUUUAAAAGGCUAUGAAAGCACAUAGUAAUAAACCUAUUCGCUUUGAAUUAGUGUGGAGGGACAAUACGUCACUCUGUACGACGAAAUCUUGUGAGUUUACUAUUCAGAUGAAACCUUUCUGGCAGAGCGGUUGCAUGGCAUUAUAAAUUCUUAGGAUUUUACAAAAAAGAAAAUGUAAUUUGGAACUUUUUUAUUUAGUGGAUCACCCGCCCGAAGAAGAUAUUCUUGUCCCAGGUAUAACUGAGGAAAGGCGGGUGAGUAUUGAACUAUUUGUUGACAAAGUGGCGCGAAAAUUAAGCCGCUCCUAUAGCGUCCAAGUCCCAGNAUUAAAGGAGGAGGUGUCCGGCAUAUUCAUUUUUUAGAAAAAGGGACCUCUAGAUUAAAAACCUCACCUUCAAAGAAGACAUUUACUAUUGCAGCAUCUAUAGGUAAGUUAGAAACAAAGUAUACGUGAAAUAAUCUGGACUGUGCCUGUCGUUAUCUGAUUAGCCUCCUCUGUCAUCUUUUGUCAGGAGUUCAAAUGUGAACUUGGGAAAAAAUUUUAAAAGGCUAUGAAAGCACAUAGUAAUAAACCUAUUCGCUUUGAAUUAGUGUGGAGGGACAAUACGUCACUCUGUACGACGAAAUCUUGUGAGUUUACUAUUCAGAUGAAACCUUUCUGGCAGAGCGGUUGCAUGGCAUUAUAAAUUCUUAGGAUUUUACAAAAAAGAAAAUGUAAUUUGGAACUUUUUUAUUUAGUGGAUCACCCGCCCGAAGAAGAUAUUCUUGUCCCAGGUAUAACUGAGGAAAGGCGGGUGAGUAUUGAACUAUUUGUUGACAAAGUGGCGCGAAAAUUAAGCCGCUCCUAUAGCGUCCAAGUCCCAGACCCAAGAAGCUUUACUGCCGUAGCCAAAGCCAUAUUUGGGCCGUCUGGUGGUGGUAUUCAAUGUAAAGGAGUGUUUGUAGACCUUCCAGAGGGAUCUCUAACCUCCCAUACCAAGGAGGUCUGUAUUCAGCUAUGCAAGAACAAGACAGAGGCGGUGCCGCUCAGUGAACACGAAACUAUCAUCAGUCGGGUUGUGGAACUCAGCCCUCGUGACAAACCUCUGCAGCAUCACGCAGCUCUUUGCUUGCCAUUGGAUGAUGUAUCAUGGGAUGGCUUUGAGAGAUUUCUCCGUUGGACUCCAACUCAAUCUGGAGAGAAAGCCAACUGGAGAGAUGUGCGUGUCUCGGACACAAUACAGGGCAAGGAUGAAGACCAAACGUUUGUUGAAUUGAGACAAAAGAAAGCCAAGGUAAACACCAAAGUGUUUGGUAUAUUCUGUAUUGUCUCAAGUGACCUGAAUCAGAACCUUGAACAUCCACGGAAAGAAUCAAACACCAGCGAUGCUAUUAAAGCUUACAAGGAAAGCAACAAUACAAGUUUACUCCAACGAUUUCAAAGUGCACACACUGGCAAAGCUGAUGCCCAUGGAUCAACGGUUCAAAAUAACUUAACUUCUUCAAGUUCUCAUCACAAGUCUGGAUGGUCCUUUUUAAAGCGAAUGAGCGUCAUGAAAAGCACGUCCAAAACAACAAGCAGUAAGAGUAAGGAUAAUAACACAAGGCAAUCAAUUUUUAAAGCAAAAUCCCGUUAUUAUGAUGCUGAAAAUAAUUUUAAGCCAUCCCAGGCCACCGAGUUACCAUCGCCUCCUACUGCCCCAACAACAGAAUGUCCAUCGUCACUUCCCCCUGUCCAGUCAACAAUGUGUCCACCACUGCCUUCCGCAGUCCCAGCAACUUCUUCUUCAUUGCCCCCUCCCGAUGUCCCUACAUCAAGCCCUGCGUCUGAAGGACCUCCACCUCCUCCACCUCCUCCUCCUCCAUCCUCACAGCCGCCUGAAUCAUCAGCUGCUCCUUCUUCUGGUACAGACAACUCUUUUGCCGCCAUGCUGCAAGCACGCAAGGCAAAUAUUCUCGGCUAA